AUGUACACCUUCGUGGUGAGGGAUGAGAACAGCACCAUCUAUGCCGAAGUGUGUAAGAUUCUCCGGGCCACGGGACAAUGGAAGAGACUGAAGAGGGACAAUCCCCGCUUUCAUCUCAUGCUGGGGGAGCGGAACAGACUGCCAUUCGGGAGACUGGGGCAUGAACCUGGACUAGUACAGCUGGUAAAUUAUUACCGUGGGGCAGAUAAGCUUUGUCGGAAAGCUUCCUUGGUAAAACUCCUAAAAACAAGUCCUCAGCUUUCUGGAUCAUCUGGAUCAUGUCCAUGGUUCCCAGAAUCCUAUGUGAUUUACCCAACCAAUGAGAAAUCUGAGACGUUUCCAGUGGGGCAGGUGAGGAAAGGACUUCAAGACCUAAUCAACAGCACCCGUACGGACGAGCGAGAAGAGUUCCUGGAAUCGUUCAAUGAAAGAAAAGAGAGUGGGAAAGGAAAUGUGUGGAUCGCCAAGUCCUCUUCAGGCGCCAAAGGGAAAGGAAUUCUUAUAUCCUCUGAUGCAACACAACUCCUAGACUUCAUAGACAAUCAAGGUCAAGUCCAUGUUAUUCAAAAGUAUUUAGAAAACCCUCUAUUACUAGAACCAGGACAUCGCAAAUUUGAUAUAAGAAGCUGGGUCCUUUUAGACAGCCAGUACAACAUCUACCUGUAUCGCGAGGGUGUAUUAAGAACGUCCUCGGAACCAUACAAUGAUUCUGAUUUUCAGGACAUGACUUGUCACCUGACCAAUCACUGCAUUCAGAAGGAGCAUUCAAAAAACUAUGGCCGAUACGAAGACGGCAAUGAGAUGUUCUUUGAUGAGUUUAAUCAGUACCUUGUGAACAGCCUGAACAUCAACCUAGAAAACAGCAUCCUCUGGCAGAUUAAAGAAAUUAUAAGAGUCUGUCUGACUUGUAUAGAACCUGCAAUCAGCACAAAGCAUCUGCCUUACCAGAGUUUUUCAACUGUUUGGCUUUGAUUUUAUGGUUGAUGAAGAAAUGAAAGUCUGGUUGAUUGAAAUCAAUGGUGCCCCAGCCUGUGCACAGAAAUUGUAUGCAGAACUUUGCCAGGGCAUCGUCGAUCUUGCCAUCUCCACUGUCUUUCCCCUGAAUGACAGUGUGCAGAAGCGGAACCAGGACAAUACAUUCAUCAAGCUUUGA